GCUAAUUAAUCAAUAUAUAUAUAUAUAUAUAUAUAUAUAUAUGAAAGUAUAUAGGAAGAUAUAUUGUUUCACAUAUUAGUGAAUAACCAGAGAGAAUCCCUUUCUGCUCAAUGUCUUUUGAUGAUAGUGAAACUCGACAUUAUCGGCGAUACCGUGAUUAUUACAAAUAUGUGGAAAAAAGGGAUCCUUUUUAUGAUUAUGGACCUUUCCGUAUUGUAACAAUUUUGAUGGCAGUUGUAUUCUUCAUCGUUUUAUUUAUUGGCGUUAUGUUGCUGCUUUUUUACGUGUCAGAUUUUUUUGAGGAGUACUCAUCGUAUUCGAAAAUCAUUCUACGGAGACUUAUCGUGGCCGUUUGUCUUAUACAUCUUCUCAUUAUGGCAAUAGAUCAGCUCAGCUGGUGGCGUUCUCUCAUAAGCUUAUUAGCAAACGCGUUGUAUUGGAACUUUGUCCGUAGGUUUCCUCCAGGGCCAAGUGAAAAUGUUAUUAUUUUCCUUGUUACUUUAUUUAGCGUUGCGGUUGAAUGCAUUGCUUGGUGGUUUCUGCUUGUUGGAUUUUCGUCUACUAGCAUGUUAACAAUGAGUCCAUUUUUUAUUCUUCUUUUGAUUGUGCCCCUAGGGUUGCUCAUGUCAUGCUUGGUGGAGGAGUCAUGCUUGCCGGCAGCGGGUGGUGGCCACAGGUCCGACUACGGCAACCUCGAUGGUGCCAUUGGGAGACAUAGAGGUCUUGUCCACCGAAAAACCAUUUUUAACACAAUUGCAGAGCUGUUCAAAUGAUAACGACUAUCGUAAUUUCGUUAAAGAUAGUUUUGAGAUUUAUCAACUCUACUAAUUAUCGAACUUAAUUUGUGAAAAUGCAGAGGUAACUGUGACACAA